ACCUUCUUCAUUAUAUGAGUAAUGAAAUUUUCUUCUUCAUCCAUCAAAUCAAGUCAAAGAGACGGAUUUAGAUCUGCAAGCAAGCACAAGAGUAACUCAUAUAAAUUGGUGGAAGGGUGGCAGUGAUGGAAGACGGUGUAACAGAGGAUGAAAUCAUGGCGGCUGCUCCCCUGAAUCUCAGUCCUAGAGGGCACCCCGGAAACCAGAAAACACAGGAUGGUCAGGUCCAAGAAGAAGAAGAAGAAGAAGAAGAUAAAAUAGCCGAGGGUGCUGAAAGAGUUGAAGGGAGGGAAGAUGGAGGUGGUGGCGGGUUCAUAAUCCAUCUCAUCUCCAACUUAAUCCAUGACAAGAGAUCAGCUGAAGAAGAAGACGGAGAAAAGGAGGAGAAACCAGGGCAGCCGAGAGAUAUAUCCACGAAGGAAGGUCAAAGUCCGCCUCCUGUUAAAGAUGAAAAGGGAGGUGGCGGGGGCCUUCUCGGUCAUUUAUUCACCAAUUUGGUCUCCACUUCCAGUCCGAGGUCUGGAGGAGGACAGACAGACCGGCCGCCGGAAGGUGAGCAGGGGAGGAAUAGGAGCGGAGGAGGUUCUACUGCAGCUGAGGGUGGUUCUGGAAAUAGUGGCGGUGCAGUGAUCGGGAACAUCAUCUCCAGCAUCCUCCACCGCCCGAAUGGAGGUGGCUGUGGGGAGGUGGCAGGAAUGGGGAAACCGGAGGCGGCUGAAGCAAGUGGAGCAGCCGCUGCGACAGAGGAAGAGGAACGCGACGGGGGAGGCGGCAUCAUCGAGAACCUCGUUUCCCAUUUGCCUGCUGCUCUUCCAGAGGAUGCUGCUCCGACAACUGACGAGGCCUCCAUUCUGAUUCACUCCAUCGUUAAGGACUGAGGAACUCUGAGAUGAGAGAGCUUCAUCCUUGAUCUUUCUUAUUCAUUCCUCUGUCUUUUGUAAUUUAAGUUUGUCAAUUUUAUGAUUUUUUUUUCCUCCCUUGAGUGAAUACUCUCUGAUCUGACUGAUCUAAUUUGCUGGUGGACUAGUGUAAUAAAGGUUCGAACUCAUUUUGAAUGUUCAAUGGAUGAUUUUGUGUUCAGUUU